AUGGCCACUGAUCGAACCCUGGGUUUCAACCAGCCACAGUCGAUGAGCGACGACGCUAAAAAGCAGUUAGACGAUUUGGCUGACUGGUUCAAGACAGCCAAUGUAGAGAAAGUCAGAACACACCUAUCGCAUUAUACUGGCAAAGACAGCUUAGACAAGAUGCAACCCUUACUGAAAGAGCUGGGUCUUUAUGAAAAGGGUAGUGGAUCUAUAUUGUGCAGGCUCUCUGGACGAGAAACUAUUGCGAAGGACCGUGGUUUCGAUAAUAUUUUCAUCCCAUUAUCCCACGAGUUUUCGAUAGGCAACCAUACUCUCCGACCCGGACAAUAUAUCCGUUCCGAAUGCUCUCAAGUUCUAGACACAUUCACCGAUUUCGUCUUAGUUCUAGUACCGGAAAAAUCGCAGAAAUGA